CUACUCCACCUUUUUUCCUUCACCAGCUGCCAACACCCCCACUCAAUAGUGUUAUCCUCCUAAUAAAUCCAUCUUUAUAUAGUCUGCCCACCACGAUUCCCUCUCCAUUGCAUUAUCAUCCUCCACCACCACUUCUCUCUGAAUUCCUCUAAGUCAGGAAUUUGGAGAGUCUGGUCACUGUAAAAGAUACAUUAAAUUUGUAUACGAAAAAAAAUGGCUAGGAUUUUCAUGGUUAUCUGUGCUCUGGUGUUUUUCUGCUCUUCAUCAGCCUAUGCUCAAAUGGUUGGAUCUCCCUCACUGAGUCCAUCUCCUGCCCCAGCACCGGCACCACCAUAUGUGAACCUUACUGAUUUACUCUCAGUAGCUGGUCCAUUCCACACUUUCCUUAACUACCUUGUGUCCACCAAAGUCAUUGAGACCUUCCAACACCAAGCCAAUGAUACUGAAGAAGGAAUUACCAUCUUUGUGCCUAAAGAUGAUGCCUUCAAAUCUCUUAAAAAGCCUUCUCUAUCCAACCUCACUGAAGACCAACUCAAAUCCCUCCUCCUUUUCCAUGCCUUGGCACACUAUUACUCUCUAGCAGACUUCAAGAACCUCAGCCAACUAAGCCCUGUUAGUACAUUUGCUGGUGGGCAGUACACUUUGAAUUUUACAGAUGUCUCUGGGACUGUCCACAUUGGCUCAGGAUGGACUAACACCAAGGUGAGUAGCAGCGUGCAUUCCACAGAUCCUGUGGCUGUGUAUCAAGUUGAUAAGGUCCUUCUCCCUGAAGCAAUCUUUGGCACCGACAUUCCUCCUACCCCAGCUCCAGCACCAGCUCCGGACAUUAGCCCUGCUGCAGAUGCUCCAACUGCCUCAGAUGAGGCUGGGUCUCCUCGAGCAUCUUCAACCCCAUCUUCUUCUUAUAGGAUAAUCAGCUUGGGUGUUUGGAGCCAGAUGGUUUUGGCCAUUUCAGGUGGGCUGGUCUUGUUCUUAUAAGAGAGGAUUUGUCAAGUCUUUAAUUUAUAUGAAGAGGGUAUAUCCAUUGCUUUGAUUUCAAGCCAUUUUUUGAUUACAUAUGUUACUGAAACUAUGAGAAUGUGAGUUUUCUUGUAUUAAUUACUACUUGUAUUUCAAUGACAUUUUGUUUGUGCUAUGGUUUUCAUUUGGGAAUGGUUAUAUGCUCCAUGUUCUCCAUCCA